AUGAAAUUCGAGAAGCCUGACAUGUUAGCUCGAUGGUAUCCUUCAGAGGUAUCUCUCGAGGGAGAGGAACUUCUGUCUGGGGCACAAAAGCCACAAAAAAGACGACCAAUCAGUAAUGCCUACUGGAUAUUCGCGUGGGUACUCAGUAUAUCAGCGUCAUGCUCUAUGACUUGGUCUCUGGCUCGGAAGAGCUGUCACCUAUCGUCCUUCGACGAUACAUCUGUAGCAGAUCAAGUAGCUUCAUUGAACUGGUAUUCUCCCGUAUACAAUAACAUCAAUCUCUCCCUCGAACACGUCCACCUCGAUGGGGAGCUCUGGUGGAAUGCAAGCAACAUCUAUCGCCAAGACCCUUCUCCCGAGGUCGACGAGGCAUGGGCGAACUUGUAUUACAGCAACGCCAAUCGCGUUUUCGUCUCGGAGGAAGAUGCGAUUAAGAUGGGGUGGGAUCUAGAUAUACUCGUCAAAUGGCCUGAUGAUCCCACUGGACGCACUUACGUUGCCGAGAUGAAUGUGUUCCAUCUCGUACACUGCGUGAACGUCUUGCGCCAAGGAGCUUUCCUCGAUUACUACUGGUACAAACGACCCAUCGACCCCUCCUACUGGACCCAUUUCUACCACUGCCUCGACAUGAUCCGACAAGAAAUCAUGUGCACAGCCUCGCUGGAUCUCAACCCACUCGUCUGGGUCGACUCUCAGAACAAGCCCUUUCCCAACUUCGCCAUCGACCGCGUCUGUCGCCGAUGGGAAGACGUCGUGCACUAUCGCGAAGAAUUUGGCUUGACUGACGCGCAAAUUCAUACUAUGACGCAUGACAUGAGGAAGCAGAAGUCUCCGCAUCGGAGAGAAUUGGCGACUCCUCCAGAGGCGAAGAAGUUGUUUCGCGCGUAUGCGAAGUGGAAGAAGUUGGAUUUGGAGAGCGAUUUUACGAUUAUUGAACCGGGGGAUUAUGGGCGUACGAGUGAUGAUCUUUUGGGGAGGGUUCAGCCUAAUCCGAAAUCUGGAUGA